UUUGUUUUGGUUCGUUGGCGAAGCCGUGAGUGGAGCGUGUUAUAGCAUUGUUGUUGUUGUGCUAGAGCAGACAUGGAUGUGGAGUUUAGAAACUUAACGUUCAAAGUGGACAGAGGAUUACCGUUUUGGAGAAGUAAAGAUGGCGGAAGAGAGAUCCUCAAGAGUGUCAGCGGAAGAUUCAAAGCAGGAGAACUCUCGGCGAUCCUCGGACCUUCUGGCGCCGGCAAGAGCAGUCUGCUGAACGCCAUCUCAGGUCUCAGAUCUAAAGGAGUGACUGGGGAUCUCCUGGUAAAUGGGAUGCCAAAGGAAGAAAGCAGAUUCCGAAAGAGCUCAUGCUAUAUCACACAAGAGGAUCUGUUGCAGCCCAUGUUGACACUCAAUGAGCUCAUGAUGUUCGCUGCUGACCUCAAACUUUCCAACUCCAAGAGGAAAGAAAAGAAACUUGUGGUGAGUGACAUACAAGCCUCCCUGGGUCUCACAGAGUGCAAGUAUGUCAGGACAGAGUUCCUAUCUGGUGGUCAGAAGAAGAGACUCUCCAUCGCCCUAGAGUUGAUCAACAACCCUUCCAUCUUGUUCCUAGACGAGCCUACCAGUGGGCUGGACAAUGUAACCACGAGUCACACGCUGCGACUGCUGCGUACACUGGCACACCAAGGGCGGACUAUCGUCUGCACCAUCCACCAGCCGAGUGCAUCCCUGUUCCAGCUGUUUGACCAUGUUUACGUCCUAGCCGCAGGGAUGUGUGUGUACCAAGGGCCUACCAGGGAGCUCGUACCUUUCCUCUCUAAUGCAGGCUUCAAGUGCCCCACCUACUACAACCCUGCCGACUAUAUAAUUGAAGUAACAGAUGGUGAGGAGGAAGAGAAUAUCACAAAGCUUGCUAAAGCUACAGACAAUGGAAAAACCACAGAAUAUGUUGAAACUUCAGAAUACAAGGAGAAUGGCCACACAAAACUAAGAGGCAGGCCGAGUGAAACUGAUGAAAACAAACGCCAUCUGGCGGCCAUGCUGCUUAAUCAUUACAAUGACAAAGACCAAUACCGAGAGCCAGGGAUAUGCCAAUACAUGUGGAGGUGCUGGGUCCAGUUCUGUACAUUGUUUAGAAGAAAGUUCCUGCAGAUACGAAGAAACAGUAUGGGACUGAAAAUUCAGCUGUUUCACCACAUUCUCUGCUCUCUCCUUGUGGGAAUCAUCUUUUGGAAGCGGGCAAAUGAUGGAGACAUGUUCUUUGACCACAUGAAGUUCUGCAUGGGCAUCAUUCUAUUUCACACAUAUACCCACGUCAUGGUACCUGUUUUAACAUUUCCAUAUGAAGUCAAGUUGCUGGCUAAAGAACACUUCAACCAGUGGUACGAUCUCAAACCUUACUACUUAGCCCUGACCCUCAGCAGGGUACCUAGUCUGGUGGUGUUCAGUAUGAUUUUCCUUGUGAUUGUGUACACUAUGACAGGCCUUCCAUGUGAACUGGACAGGUUCAUCGUGUUUGCAGCAGUCGGUAUCAUCACAAGUUUGAUCGCUGAAGGCAUGGGUUUGGCCAUCGGCUCAGUUUUCAACGUCACAAAUGGGUGUGCAGUGGGGCCAAUGACGUUAGCUCCAUUCCUCGGUUUUGCCAUCUAUGGGUUUGAUUUUGCCCGGACCAUUCCACUGUGGCUCUGGCCCAUGUUAAAGGCAAGCUUCAUGAGGUCGGGUGUGAUCGCGAUGAUAAUUGCGGUGUUCGGCAUGAACCGACCAACACUGGAGUGUCACAACCCUAUGUACUGUCACUUCAGUGAUCCCAAGGUGGUGUUACAUUAUUUGAAUCUAGAAACUACAUCACCGUGGGUAGAGAUUCUCACCAUGAUCGCUAUUUUGCUAGUGUUUCGUUCACUAUGCUACCUCGGCCUUCGCUGGAGAGUAUCAACAUGAUAUAGUUGGUACAUCUCUUUAGAAAUUAUUUUCAUCACCUGAAGCAUUGCUCAUCGCUGCAUAAUUGCUUAAAAAGCAUUUGAUCGCAAGUGAUCAUUUACUUUAGAGGGGCGAGAAGUGUACCUAUGUAUAGUACUCAAUGCGAUUUGUAUAUUUUUAAUAUUUUGUUUUUAACUUAUUCACUGCACAGGGUACUUGUGAAAACUUAAGCAACAUUCAGUUUGUAUGUGGCUUGUUUAAGAGAAAAAAAACAAUCACAGAAUUGUAGAUGGAUUAAGAAAUGUCCUGUUUGGAUGUAUACGUCUGUUGUAAGAGCUUGAGAGAGAAGAAGCAGAGAUCUUGAGAGUCUUAAGACAUCUUUUUUCAACUAUUAUGAUUUUAUUUUUUUUUUUUAUUGAAAUUUUUGAUUUUUUAUUAAAUGCUAAUGUAAAAUAUUAUCUUUUACAAAGUAUUGUGGUGCUUUUUUCUGCACAGGCUGUGAAGAAUUUUUAUAAAAAGUUUUAGUACUAAUACAAAAUUUUAAAGUUAAAAAUUUAUUUUUCAUCAAAUAAGAUUUAAUCAAAAAUUAUAUUGAUAUAUUAUGUAGAAUAUAAUCCUGUUGAACAGUAUUUUACUGAUAAUAUUAUAAUAUGCUGUUAGUUGCUCUCUUUUAGUUAUGCAGUAUAUAUUUUGUACAAAACGUCACUAUACUGCAGAUAAUAGUUGUAAAGUUUGUGUUAUAUUCUACUGUAUUGUACUUGUCUCAUUUUUAUUGUAUUUUUUAAAUUUUAUUUAUAGGCAUAUGUGUUAAACCUUAAAAUUGUUUUGUUUUUGCUGUUGAAUAUUUACAACCAUAAAGUGGAUUCAAAUUGUAUUCAGUAAGUGAAACAUUUAGUGCUUUUGCUAAUACGAUUUUACCAAACAUAUAUUAGAUGUUUUGUAGACUUGGAUUUUAUUCAAAACAUUUUACUACACAGUUGCCAUAGUUGAAAAGUAUACAUUCAAUAAAGUAUUAUGUGAGUAAAUAGGUGGUGUUUUCGUUUUGGUCAAACUAUUUUGCCAGUAUCUAAUAAAAAGAACCAAAAAAUUUACCCUAGUUGUUUAUGAGGAAUUUAAUAAAGUGUAACUAACAAUUAACUCAACAUUGCACGGUUUUUAAAUCCAUUUAAAAACUUGUAGUUGUACAAUUUACUACUUCAAGUUGUUUUACAGUAGACUACCUCUUAUCCGGACACCUUUUAACCUAACAUCGAUUUAACAGGACUACACUCGGCGGAAAUGGCAUCUCUUUAACCGGACAAUUUUUAUCAGCACAUUGGUUUAACCGGACUAGAUUGGCAGGAAGUGGGCAGUAAUGAAACAACUGUUCUCGCGGGAAAGAUUUGAGACCAGUGAUAACGUGUCUAAAUACAAUGCUCUCCUAAAUUUAAGUCGAAUAUCACAGUAAACAGUCCGUUUUAACGAGUUCUUACGGACGGACGUCGGUUUAACCGGAAAACUCGUUAUCUGGACUGGCCUCGGUCCCAAGGUGUACGGAUAAGAGGGAGUCUACUGUAUUUCCUUUCUUAUGUUAUCAAAUACUUUUUCCAAAUUUCCAUCUUUUAAAUUUUUUUAACAGAUUUUUAGUCUUGCCUUAUAUUGUUAUUUUUUAUAUGUUUUUUUAUUUUAAUUAAUUUUUGUUCUUUAUAUACAUCUCUUAAUUGUAUUGUAUAUUUAUCUUAUAUCAAUUUGUAACUUUUUUAAUUAUCCGGGUGGCAAUAACACAGUAGAAAACAAAAAGUUAAAAUGUUGUUAAUGGUUGAAUCUGCACAUAUCUCAUUUAGCAAACUAUGGUACCUAAACUAAUUUAAAUCUUAACCAAUUCCCAUUA